CGCGGGGCCGGGCGGGUCUGCGGGGCGGGGCGGCCGGGAAACGAAAGUGAAAGGGGCCGGAGUCGGGCAGGAAGCGCCGCUGCAGGAGGCUGGAGCGGUGCGAGUGACACGAUGACGGAUUCCAAAGAGGAGUCCUUUGUCCAUCUGCCCGAAGAGUUCAAACUGGGGAACAGCGCCCUCGUGAUGACAGCCAAAUGCCUGCAGCAGGAGAUUGAGAAGUACAAGGAGCGCUGUCAGGCGCUGGAACAAGACCAGCGAGAGCUGGGGACAGCGAAGGAAGCCGCUGAGGACAAGACACGAGGAUUCCAGAAAGAAGCCGAACUCCUCCGUGGGAAACUAGAGAGAGAGAAGUCUCUGAGCAGGGAGCUGGAGUCCUCCUACCAGGAGCUUUGUCUGGCAAAGGAGGAAAGGGGCAGGUUGCUUCAGGAGAAGCAGAAGCUGGAAAAGGAGCUGGAGGAGCUGGAGGCGAGGAGAGCGGCCUGGGAGAAGCAAGCGAAGGCGCCGCCCUCCCUGCCGGACAGAAAGAUGUUGUUUAAGGGACACGUGACGGAGGCCGAGGACGUGAACGCACUGGUGGUCGCCCCUCGGGUCCAGCGGGCACUGCCUGGGGGCUCUGCCCUCCUCACCUUCGAGGAGCCGGAGGUUGCCCAGAGGAUCCUGGAGAUGAAGUGGCACGAGGUGAAGCUGGAUGAGAGUGCCGGGUGUGAGGGCCGACUGCGAGUGCAGGCAGAGCCGGUGGAGCUGCUGCUGCCCUCAGCCCUGGAGAUUGAGAUGAAGCUGAGUGACAGGUGCAUCCUGCUGUCCAGCCUCCCCCGCCUGGAUCUCUCUGAGGAGCAACUGCUGGACAAGCUGGAGAUCUUCUUCAGCAAGAAGAAGAAUGGGGGCAGUGAGGUGGAGCAGCGGGAGCUCCUGAGUGAUUCUGGCCACGUGGUGCUGACCUUUGUGCACAAUGGAGUGGCGGAGCAGCUAGCGAAGAAAGGACGCUUCCAAGUCCCCUUUGGGAAGCAGACGUACGAGCUCAAAGUGACGCCCUACAUUCGCGGACAGAUCACAGACCUUCAGGUCCGUCCGUCCAUCUGUGCCAAGACCGUGCUCCUGUCGGGGAUCUCGGACAUUCUGGACGAGGAGUCCAUGAGGGACGCCCUGGAGAUUCACUUCCAGAAGCCCAGCCGAGGCGGAGGCGAGGUGGAUGCCCUGGGAUACGUGCCAGUGGGGAAACAGGGACUUGCUGUUUUUGAGGAAGACACGGACUGAAGCUCCUUCAUGGACGUUAACCCGAACACGAGACAGUCGGCGCCCAGGGACUGGGCCUGAGACAGCCACAGGCUCAGAGCCCACGCGUGCUCCAUGUAGCACUGUAUAGAUUAAUCGGACUCUGAUUGGAAUUAAAGUAUUUAGGGAGCU